AUGAGUAAUUAUUUAUGUUCAAAUGCUGGUCAUGCUAAUCAACAUACAUUAGCAAGUGAAGGCCCUGAUAAUUAUUUAAUGAAAUUUUAUAUAACACAAUAUUCAAGUACUUAUCGACCACCACGUAUACGAGCAAAAUCAAAUAUUCUUGCAGAUAAAUCUUUAACAACAGAAAAUCUUCUUACACAAAAAUUAAAAGCUGAUAGAGCUAAAACUGGUUUUGUCAAUAAUGAACGAUAUUAUUUACCAUAUACACGUUCAUUAGAUGAAAUUGAUAAUCCAAUACUUGGGUAA